GAAUAACUGUAAACCGUUUUGUACAGUCACUGGAUUUUGGUAUUCGUUUAUAUGUUGCACAUUUCGAUAAAAAUCUGCCAAUGCUGGAUCAAAAUUAAUUAGUCAGCGGUUCAUUUUAAACUUACUUCGUGUCCUUUUGGAAACUGUCUGCAGAAACGUCGCUACUCUCAUAGUGAGGGUCGCAGUUACUUACCUGUUCUUACCCGAGGAAUAACGAAGAUGGGAACAGCGCUGAUUUAUGAUGACGAGAUGACCAAGUACAAACUGCUCUGGGUUGAUCCAGCUUGUAAGAUUGAGGUGCCUGAGCGUCUGACUGUGAGUCAUGAGGCUUUGGUCAGGACUGGCCUGGCUGAUCGCUGCGUCUCCGUACCUGUCCGUGAGGCCACGGACGCAGAAAUUCUGCUGGCUCACAGUGAGGAAUACCUGGAGGCAGUGAAGAAGACUCCUUACAUGAGUCUGGAGGACCUCAUGGAGCUCACUCGUCAGUACGGUGACGUCUACUUCCACCCAAACAUCUACCACUGUGCCAAGCUUGCUGCUGGUGCUGCACUGCAGCUGGUAGACAGUGUUAUGACGGGGAAGGUGAGGAAUGGCAUGGCUUUAGUCAGACCACCAGGACACCACAGUAUGCGCAGUGCUGCUAAUGGUUUCUGUGUGUUCAACAAUGUGGCUAUAGCGGCUCGAUAUGCUAAGCAGAAGUAUGGAGUCCGAAGGGUGUUGAUAGUUGACUGGGAUAUACAUCAUGGUCAGGGGGUGCAGUAUUGCUUUGAGGAUGAUCCCAGCGUGCUCUACUUCUCUUGGCACCGCUAUGAGCAUCAGAAAUUCUGGCCUCAUCUGAGAAAUUCUGACUAUGACAUUGUUGGCAAAGAGAAAGGGGCAGGAUUCAAUAUAAAUGUACCAUGGAACAAGGUGGGCAUGGAAAAUGGCGACUAUCUGUCAGUCUUCUGUCACGUCCUUCUGCCAGUUGCAUAUGAGUUUUGCCCAGACUUAGUCUUGGUGUGUGCGGGAUUUGACUCAGCCAUCGGUGACCCAGAGGGUGAGAUGUGUGCCACUCCAGAUGUCUUUGCCCAUCUGACUCACCUGCUGAUGAACCUAGCAGGAGGAAAACUGUGUGCUGUGCUGGAGGGGGGAUACAACUUGACUUCCCUCGCCCAAUCUGUGUGUCAGACAGUCCAGACAUUGCUUGGAGAUCCUGUGCCGAGACCUGCAAGCCUCAACAGUCCAUGUAUAAGUGCACUCGAAUCUCUUCAGUGUGUCCGAUCAGCUCAUAAGGCCUAUUGGUCGUGCCUCAAACAUGCAGCUGAUCUUCCCACCUCCACCAUCAGCACCAAACGGAUUAAAUUAAGAGAAGGAGAAGAAACUACAGAGAAGGGAGGAGAAGAAGAAAAGGACGCGGAGGAAAAGGUGUGGCCUGAGCCUCCAAAACGUGUCACUCCUCCAGUAUGUGCUGCUUUAGUGCUCCCUGAUGACGUGGCUUGCCCGGAGGGAUGCGAACGCUUCAGCUUCUCAGAGGAUCUUGACCCACUCUUAGCCAGCAAGUUAAGGGAGAGUUUCCUCAGAGAUGCCGAUGACAGUACUGCUCUUAUAACCGUCUCCAGUCUUAUAGCCCUGACAGAGAAAAUGGGGAAGAAUGAGAUCUGCAGUGGCCUUGCACUGGUCCGUGAUGUCACCAAGGCGAUGACAAGCAUUGUUCAGCAUGUUACAACUGUUCUCAGCAACCGCGUUUUGGUCGUCUGUGUGGGUGACGGGAAUGUCCCAAGCCAUAUUACAGAAGACAGGGAAACAGUUGUGGUGCAGAUGGGCAGUGCACAGACAGCCGAAGAGAGCUGCAAAUAUUACAUUCGUGUGUGUCUGAAGAAGGGCUGCAGUGACACAUCAGGGUUCGUUCAGGCUGUGUUUGGCCUCCUCCUGCCCCUUGGGUAUGAAUAUGACCCCAGUCUUGUUGUGUUGGUUCGGAUGCCAGAUAGUGGAGUGAGUGACAGUUUGUGGCAACAACUAACUGGCCUACUGCAGAGCUUUGCACUUGGACAUACACUGGUGCUACUGCAGGAGGAGGAGAAGGCGCUGGUCGGACUCACGGCGUCCUCCCUCCUCGGUAACCCAGCCCCCUCUCUGAAGCAACUUCAAGCCCCACUAACAGAAGACGUGGAGGCCAUAGAGAGGCUGAGACACAGGCUGCAGGCAGACUGGAAACUUCUUCAGACCACAGCACCACAGACUCAAAGAAGUGAUGAACACUGAGGAUGGAGGGUGUCGUAUGGACUUUUUGAUACUUUAUUUUUGGAAGAUCCACUUGGAUCAAAAUCAGUUUCACAGGACACCUAGCCAAGUGUGAAGAGCUACAAGCUAAUGAAUUUCACAGCAACAUAAAAAUUAUUUAAGCAAUCACUGAUCAAAAUUGCUA